GAAAAGAAUCUCGCCAACAUGAUGGAGAACAUGAAACUGGAACCAGAAGUUCUACGACCCGUUUUGCAUAAAAUGAGUGACAUUUCGAAAAACAGACAAAUUUUUCUGGAUGACAUGAGAAACCGUUUGGAGGAAAUUGUCGAAGAACUUCGAUCGGCAAAAUCUUCCACGGAUUGCCCCGAAAAGAUCCAGAAAUUAGAUAUAAAUGUAUACAAACAACGGCUCGUGAGAUUAUCGCAAAAAAUUCGAGACUUCAAGGAGUCUUGUCAACUAGAGACUUUGUCGCAGGAGCAAAUAACUCUCGAGUCUGAAUUACGCGAAGUUGAAUCGAAUUUACAUAAGUAUCAGAGUGCAACCGAUAGCAAACCGACAUCUGUCACAUCCUCUAACAAAGAAAGUAAAAAGUGCAACGAUUACAAGGGGAUCCAAGACUUUCACGCGUUAAUUGCUAAAACAGGCUACACUGAUAACUGGAGCGAUGAGGAUCAUUUGUUGUUCCUGAAAACGCGAAAAAAAUGUAACAGCAUCGCGUCCCUAGUGACCGCUCUUCAAGUCAAAUGUCCGGAUUUAACUGCGAAAAUUAUAGUGAAUCACGAGGCUUGGUAUAAGAUUUAUCUAAACUUACGUGAGAAACAACGCUCAAGCAUUAAAGAGUGGCGCAAACAAAAAGAAAUGGAGAAAAUGAAAAACUGCAAGAGUGAAAUAGGGAUUGAAAGCUUGAAAGGCACUUCACAAGAAAAAACAAUUUCCAAUGUCACAGAAAAACUUCCGACACGUAGGACUGACAAAUGUGAAAGAACAAUAACGAAGAUUGAUGUCAAUAACACGGAUCGAAAGAAGGAAUUAAUAAAGCGAUGGAAAAUUGACAGAGAGAACAAACGUUUGAUUGACGAGAAGCAAUCGAAGAUUCUGAUCGAGUCGGAACUCACCAUGCUAGAAAAACGUAAGAGAGAAAGAUGGAAGAGCGUUCAAGAAGCUUUGAAGGAAUAUCGUGAGAGAAAAUCGAUAGAAAUUUCUUCCAAAGCUUCGAAAGACAACUCGAGAACGAAACCACAAUACAAUCCGAUGUUGAUUAAGGCUUUUAGGAAACAAGAUGAAGAGUACAUAAACAAAAAGAAAAAUUUAAUAGCGAAACAACAAAAAUCGGCUAAUAAUCGAGUGAUAAAAAAGACAAGAUCACAAUUAAUGAAAAAAAGAGAUUACUCGACUUUGUUGAAUUCGACUGAAGUGUGGAGAGAACGAUACAGAACACAAGAUCUUAAUACGAAUAAGCCGAAAAAACUGCAAUAUAUUAAGGAUGUUCCUCGUUUAUAUGUUCAAUGGAGAAAUAAAGAAUCGGGAGAUCAAGGAUGCCCUGACAUUUUCUAGAAAUCGAUAGUAUUCUUCUUUUAAUCGAAAUAACAAUUAUACCUUGACGAAGAAGGAAGUACAAAUCAAAAACAUUG